AUUCUGCGCAGAUUUGACAGCCAGUCGUGGAGUAUUUUUUCCUCCAAACCCGGUCUUCUUUGCGGGCAAACUACGCGGAAUUUUCCCAGGGAAACACCUCUCAAUCCUUCCUCCAAAGUGUUCAGAAACUGAUGGUCGCGAUGCUGGCCAGAGUGCACACCAUUCUCAGGGCUGUAGAGUCUUCCAGGAGCUUCACCACGGUGGCGGCUCACGUGAAAAAGGGUGACAUGCUGGAGGUCACGAGACGCAUCUCGCAAGGUGAUGUUGAUCGCUUCACGCGCGUGAUCGGAGACAAGAACCCGAUUCACUCCAGCGAUCAGCCGCCAGAGCACCGGCUGAUUCCCGGCUCCCUGCUCAAUGGCAUCGUCUCCGGGCUGGUGGGCAGCCAGCUGCCAGGCCCGGGCAGCAUCCUGGUGUCGCAGAAGCUCUCGUUCCCGCACAAGUGCGUCGUGGACAAGGACAUCAACAUUCGCAUCGAAGUGGCGGACCUGCGGAAGAUCAUCACGGUGACUUACGAGUGCUACCAGGAAAAGAAGCUGGUGUUCAAGGGCGAGGCGAACCUCAUACACAAGGAAGUCUAA